UUACAUAAUUUAUAAAAAGUCUUUAAUUUAUGGUCAUAUGUGAUAUAUAAAUAUGAAAUAAUGACAUUUAGAAAUACACCAGAACUACCCAUUUAAAUAAGUAAAAAGAUUCUUACUCUGUGCAAUCUAUUUUGGCAAUGAAAUAUACAACAAAGGAAUAUGGGUUGUGUUGUGACAUCAGCCUUUGUCUAGUUUUCUGUUAACUACUAAUUGCCCAAGAUUAAGUAAGGUCAGUGCCAUUUUCCCUAAACAAGUGUCUCCUUAUUCUCCUUUUUCAGGUUUCAUGAGAGUUGUCACUGCUGAGAGAGAGAGGCAAUGGACAAAGCCAACGACUCUGUGGUGUCUGAGUUUGUGUUCCUGGGACUCUCCAGUUCGUGGGAGAUCCAGCUUUUCCUCUUCCUCUUUUCCAUUGUGUUCUAUGUGGCAAGCCUGAUGGGAAACCUCCUCAUUGUGCUGACUGUGAUCUCUGACCCUCAUCUACGGUCCCCCAUGUACUUCCUGCUGGCCAACCUUUCCAUCAUUGACUUGAUGUUUUGUUCAUCCACAGCUCCUAAAAUGAUUUAUGAUCUUUUAAGAAAGCACAAAACCAUCUCUUUUGUGGGCUGUGUAGUUCAGAUCUUCUUUAUCCAUGCAGUUGGGGGUACAGAGAUGGUGCUGCUCAUUGCCAUGGCCUUUGAUAGAUACGUUGCCAUAUGUAAGCCCCUCCACUACCUGACCAUCAUGAGCCCACAAAGGUGCAUUUUGCUUCUAGUCACUUCCUGGAUUAUUGGCCUUAUUCAUUCAGUGACUCAAUUGGCUUUUGUUGUAAACCUGCCUUUCUGUGGCCCUAAUGAAUUAGACAGCUUUUUUUGUGAUCUUCCUCGAUUUAUCAAACUUGCUUGCAUAGAGACUUACACAUUGGAAUUCAUGGUUACUGCCAACAGUGGCUUUAUUUCAGUGGUUUCCUUUUUAAUUUUGAUCAUCUCUUACAUCUUUAUUUUGGUGACUGUUCAGAAAAAAUCUUCAGGUAGCAGUAUAUCCAAGGCCCUCUCCACUCUGUCAGCUCAUGUCACUGUGGUUGUUUUGUUCUUUGGGCCAUUAAUCUUCUUCUACACAUGGCCAUUUCCCACAUCACAGCUGGAUAAGUUCCUGGCCAUCUUUGAUGCAGUUAUCACUCCUUUUCUAAAUCCAGUCAUCUAUACUUUUAGGAAUAAAGAGAUGAAGGUGGCAAUGAGGAGACUAUGCACUCAAUUAUGAAUUAAAGUUUCAUAAAUAUACUGAGGAUGUAUAAAAAAGCAAAGUAUAUUAGAAAUUCAUAUGGAUAUGAACUAAAGUACGUUACAUUUAAACAGAAUGUCACUAUGUAC